UUUUAGAGCAGUUGGUUCAGUCCACUUACCCUGAACAGUCCGUUAACCUGUCAGUCAAUCAGUGAUCAAUCGGUAGCGAACUCUGCACAACAGAGCUGAAAUAUUAAUCAGAUUCGUGUUAUUUAUUAUUUGUUAAGACGAAAAGCUUCGUAAUGUCUUUACCAAAGAAAGGAGAUUUAACUGACACAGAGAAAGAGCUGCUUCUGGUUAUUGCUGCAGGUAACGUGCAGGAAGCUUCCAGGUUACUGGGAUCUAAAGAUGUAAGGGUUAACUGUCUGGAUGAGUAUGGCAUGACGCCUCUCAUGCACGCUGCAUAUAAAGGGAAGGCAGAUAUGUGCAGACUGCUGCUUCAACACGGGGCAGACGUCAACUGCAACGAACAUGAACACGGCUACACGGCGCUCAUGUUUGCAGGGCUGUCAGGGAAGACAGACAUUACCUGGAUGAUGUUGGAUGCUGGAGCGGAGACAGAUGCGAUUAAUUCGGUUGGCAGAACAGCUGCACAAAUGGCGGCAUUUGUUGGGCAGCAUGACUGCGUGACUGUCAUUAAUAACUUCUUUUCACGGGCGAGGUUGGACUACUACACAAAAGCCCAGGGGCUGGAAAAAGAACCGAAACUCCCUCCAAAACUCUCUGGACCGCUGCACAAAAUUAUCAUGAGUACCAACCUCAACCCUGUAAAGAUAGUAAUGCUGGUGCAGGAAAACCCUCUGCUGAUGGAUGUGGAGGCGCUGGAGAAGUGUCGCAAGGUUUUGGAGCUGAUCUGUGAGAAGUGUGUCAAGCAGCAGGAAAUGAACGAGGUGUUGGCCAUGAAGAUGCACUACCUCAGUUGUGUGCUCCAGAAAUGCGGCUCUUUUCUCAAAGAUCGUCAAGAUAAACUUGAUAGCCUCAUUAAGAGUCUUCUGAAAGGUCGAGACGGUGACGGAUUCCCGGUAUUCCAGGAGAAGUUCAUUCGGGAAUGCAUCAGAAAAUUUCCGUACUGUGAUGCCACACUAUUGCAACAACUUGUGCGGAGUAUAGCUCCUGUGGAGAUUGGGAAUGACCCUACAGCUCUGUCAGUGCUCACCCAGGCCAUCACAGGGCAGGUGGGCUUUAUGGAUGCAGACUUUUGCACCUCCUGUGGCGAGAAGGGAGCGGAAAAGCGAUGCUCCAUUUGCAAAAUGGUCAUCUACUGUAACCAAGCUUGCCAGAAGCUGCACUGGUUCGCGCAUAAAAAGAUCUGUAAGAUGUUACAGGAACAGAGAGAGAAACACGAAGCUGACUCGGCCUCUCGACUACAGAAAUCACCCAAAGCCGAGGGGAAGCCUUUGGAGGAGACUAUGGAAGAUCUCUCCAUCAGUCAAAAUGAGACCAACAGCCCUUCGGAAAACCAGACCGAGGACGUUAACUCGGAUACAGUCUCUCUUAAUGUAGCCUGAGCGAUGAAGAUUUUGACCUGUAGACAUGGUUUCAAACCAGCCACUGUCUUCAUCGUCAUCAUCAGAGAUCUAUCUAAGCCAAAGGAGAGCACAUCCAUGAUGUGUGUAGCUCAGAGGUACCGAGAACCUUCUUCAUGGAAGAUGUUUUCCUGAAGCACAGAACAUGGGAUGAGCCACAAAAAGAUUUGGCACACAAAUGCACAAGAUGAAGGGAUCAUGAGAGACAAAAUGACAUUUUACGUUUAAGUUGAAAAUAUUUGUAUUUAUGUGAGUUAGUAUACAAGACAUCGACGCAUAUGCCUUAAUUUUCAGUCUUCAACUGCUGUUAUCCAUUUUCUGAUAAACAUAUGCCAGAUUUCUUACAGCUGUUACAAAAAUGCCUAAUUUAAACACACUCGGUAGUCUCGAGAAUGUUUAUUGACAUCCAAAUGACGGCGUGAGAGGCGUCUGCUGUUUUUCAACUCGCUGGCCUUGUCAAAUUAGCGGUUAGACAAAGGUGUCCGUUGUGCACGCAAGAGUGAUGGUGAAACCGACCGCGGGGUUCUGGAUCUCGUCUGAGUUUGACAGUUAGUAUGUCAGCUGCCGGUUCGAUCGAGGCUUUACUUGGUUCCACUGUGCCAUUUUGGUUCCACUCCAAUCUAUAAUCCUGACCUGUACGAUGGACUUUUGAGUCGGUGUGAUCGUUGAUGGCUUUUCUGUGCUAUCAGAAGAGCAACUAAAGAAAAAAAACACAGAUGCCUGUUAUUAAAAAUAUUACAUUUGACUCAAAAUCCAAACAUCCAUGUAGCGCUAACGUUGUACACCUGUUCCUUGCACCAUGUUGACCUGCAAUAAUAAAAUAAUAAUUCGUUAAACUUCA